AUGCUCAGUUGUAGGCCUGAUAUAUGUUUUUGUGUGGCGUAUAUGGGACGAUUUCAAGAAAAUCCAACUGAAACACAUUGGCAACAUCUUAAAAGAAUUGUACGUUAUUUAAAGGGUACAAAGAAUAUGAAACUAGUAUUUUCCCCAAAUAAUGAAAUUCCCAUAUUUGGAUUUGCCGAUGCUGAUUGGGCAAAUGAUAUAAAUGAUCGAAAAUCAGUUAGUGGAUACCUGUUCAAAGUUUAUGGUUGUUGUGUUUCAUGGUCUUCAAAGAAACAACAAACAGUGGCAACUUCCUCAAGCGAAGCAGAGUAUAUAGCAUUAAGUGCAGCAGUUUCAGAAGCCUUAUGGUUACGUGGUUUGAUGCAAGAUUUACAAGAAAUUAAAAAUGAAACUGUCACAAUAUAUGAAGACAAUAAAGGGUGCAUCGGUAUGGCUAAUACUUCUGAAAUCAAAAGAGCUAAACAUAUAGAUGUAAAACAUCAUUUCAUUCGUGAUAAUGUUGCUAAAGGAUAUGUAAAAAUUGAGUCUAUACGGUCAAAAGAUCAAGGCCUUAGAUAUCAAGCGUUUUAG